CGCUGCUGGCGCUGUCCGUCCGUCUGUCCGGCCGCGUGCGUGUCUGUGUGUCCCGGGGCCUGGCAGCUCAGGCCCCGCGCGCUCAGCACCUUAUCGCCGACCGGGGUUCCGGCUACUCGGCGCGUGUUCAGCGCGGUCAGGCGACUCCCCGGGACCUGGUGAGCUCUGUCCUCUGGCCCUCGUCUGGAACUGCGAGAUCCGGGUUUCUGCCAGGAAGGGGGGUAGAGGCCCUGCGUCUUCCCAGGUGACCACGCCGGCUUCAGGACAUGCACGGGCACAGCCGCAACGGGCAGGCCCACGUGCCCCGGCGGAAACGCCGCAAUCGCUUCGUCAAGAAGAACGGCCAAUGCAACGUCUACUUCGCCAACCUGAGCAACAAGUCGCAGCGCUACAUGGCAGACAUCUUCACCACCUGCGUGGACACGCGCUGGCGCUAUAUGCUGAUGAUCUUUUCCGCGGCCUUCCUCGUCUCCUGGCUCUUUUUUGGUCUCCUCUUCUGGUGCAUCGCCUUCUUCCACGGUGAUCUGGAGGCCGGCCCGGCGGAGGCCGCGGCGGGGGCCCCGGCAGCGGGAGGUGGCGGGGCGGCCCCGGUGUCCCCCAAGCCCUGCAUCAUGCACGUGAACGGCUUCCUGGGCGCCUUCCUGUUCUCGGUGGAGACGCAGACGACCAUCGGCUACGGGUUCCGGUGCGUGACGGAGGAGUGCCCGCUGGCGGUCAUCGCCGUGGUGGUCCAGUCCAUCGUGGGCUGCGUCAUCGACUCCUUCAUGAUCGGCACCAUCAUGGCCAAGAUGGCCCGGCCCAAGAAGCGGGCGCAGACGCUGCUGUUCAGCCACCACGCGGUCAUCUCGGUGCGCGACGGCAAGCUCUGCCUGAUGUGGCGCGUGGGCAACCUGCGCAAGAGCCACAUCGUGGAGGCCCACGUGCGGGCCCAGCUCAUCAAGCCCUACAUGACCCAGGAGGGCGAGUACCUGCCGCUGGACCAGCGGGACCUCAACGUGGGCUAUGACAUCGGCCUGGACCGCAUCUUCCUGGUGUCGCCCAUCAUCAUCGUCCACGAGAUCGACGAGGACAGCCCGCUGUACGGCAUGGGCAAGGAGGAGCUGGAGUCGGAGGACUUCGAGAUUGUGGUCAUCCUGGAGGGCAUGGUGGAGGCCACGGCCAUGACCACCCAGGCCCGCAGCUCCUACCUGGCCAGCGAGAUCCUGUGGGGCCACCGCUUCGAGCCCGUGGUCUUCGAGGAGAAGAGCCACUACAAGGUGGACUACUCGCGCUUCCACAAGACCUACGAGGUGGCCGGCACGCCCUGCUGCUCCGCCCGGGAGCUGCAGGAGAGCAAGAUCACCGUGCUGCCCGCCCCGCCGCCCCCGCCCAGUGCCUUCUGCUACGAGAACGAGCUGGCCCUCAUGAGCCAGGAGGAAGAGGAGAUGGAGGAGGAGGCUGCGGCCGCUGCCGCUGUGGCUGCAGGCCUGGGCCUGGAGGCGGGCUCCAAGGAAGAGGCGGGCAUCAUCCGGAUGCUGGAGUUUGGCAGCCACCUGGACCUGGAGCGCAUGCAAGCCACCCUCCCUCUGGACAACAUCUCCUACCGCAGGGAGUCUGCCAUCUGACCUCUCGCUUCCCACAAGAGCCUCUGCCGGGGGUGGGCUGCCAGGACCCCCCCUCCACACUCAGGACAGAGCUCACCCUGGCCCCGUGGACCUUCUGGAGUGAAGUGGGGGCUUCAAAGACUGGGAGACCCCUCCCUACAGACUCCAGGACCCAGGCCUGGGCAAGGGCCAGGAUACCCUCAGUCUGGUCAGCCCCGGUUCCCCAGCACUUACCCACUGGCGGCUCAGGAACCCCACACCCACCACCCUUUCCCCACCGACCCUUCGAGGACAUUCCCCCUUUGCUCUCAGAACCUUGGGGAAGGCGGCUGGACUGUUGGGGGGUGGGCAUCUUGGGGUUCUGGGGUGGGCCGGGGGUUC